UUUUCAUUCAAAGCAUUUACUACUACUAGAUCUACUACUGCUGCUACUACAGCCUCGCUGCCUGCACUGCCAUAUAGAAACCACUGCCUGUUCCUUCUCCUCCCUUCCUUCCCUUUCUCUCUACUUGGCAAUGCCUACUAUUUUGAAUGGUGGAAUGGCCGCGUCUCUCCGACUCGAGGACUCGCAACUGGCAGAGCUAAGCGCUCAGGCCAAGAAAGCUCCCAACUUUCAAGGCUACCUCUCCAAACUCGACACAGGGGGAAAGAGCAGCAAGAAAGCCGCGGCAAGCAAGAAAUGGUGUCUCCUACACCGUAACUUUCUCUUUUAUUAUGACAUUGAGACCUCUUCCCGUCCAACUGGUGUCCUCCUUGUCGAGAGCUGUACAGUUGGGUCAGUUGCUGUUGUCGACACUCUCCUGCCUGACUGCUUCCCGCAAGACAGAGAGGGAGGGUUUUUUAUAAGCACAGACUCACUGAAGCAGCAUAUAUUCAUAGCUGAGAGUCGAUCAGAGAGAGACAAAUGGAUAACAGCUAUUAGACGAUCAAGUAUGUUUAAGGUCCAGCAGGAGCUUGGUGAGUUACAGCAGAAGUACGAUCUACUCCGUUCGCAAUUCACAUCUACUUCUCGUGAGCUACAGUUUCUGAAAAGGCAGCAUUUUGAAUCUCAGGAAAAUAUAGCUCAUCUCAGAGCCUCUUUGAUUGUUCCUAGGCGCAGUGUCAGCAUAAGUUCUUCUCCUAGAACACCAACACCAGAACUUAACUCUUCAGAUCAAGAGGAAGAGAGUGCAAGGAUUCUACAGUCUCACAUACGUGGGUGGCUCAUUCGCCGUCGUUGGAAACAAGUGGUUCAUGCCUACACAAACUCGUCUCAUGCUGAACUGAUGAAGAAAAGAAAUCAAUUGAUAUGGAAGCUGGUUGAGUCAGAGCAGAAUUACGUGAAGCAGUUGGUGAUUUUGACUAGUGAGUUUCAGAACCAGUUCAACAUUGCAGCAGCAUCAAACAAGCCACCUUUAACAAUGGACCAAUCAGUUAACAUAUUUAGAAACUGUAAUGAACUGCUCUUGUUCCAUCAGUUGUUUUUGAGAGGACUCAGUAAUCAAGUGGAUAAAUGGCCAGUGGUGAUAUUAGGCGAUGUUUUAAAGUUAUUCUUCCCAAUGCUGUCUAUUUAUCAUCAAUACAUUGGCAAUCACACUCACGCUUUUGAAGUUCUGUUUGAUCUUAAGUUUCAACCAAAAUUCAAAGAGUUCUUGGAAAAGAUUGAGUCAAGGCACACGUGCGAUGGUCACAGGUUUGAAGAGCUACUGGUCUCUCCAUUGAAAAGAAUAACUUGUUAUAUUCAAGAUAUCCAAGAGCUAAAGUCCCACACUCCAAUAGAACAUGUUGAUUAUGCAGCACUGUCUGAAAUGGGGACUGAAUUGGAAUUGAUACACAAAGGUGUGACAGAUGAGGUGUCCUAUUCUGAAAAUAUUCGUAACGUCCUUAAAAUAGAGUCCAAGAUAGAAGGAGGUUGCCCUGUUUUGUUAGACAAGGAGCAGGCAUUAGUUAGAAAGGGUAUUCUCUGUAUCUGGAGACAGGAUGAUAAACUGCUCACUUUCUCCAGAAAGACAAGAAGGAGGCAGAACUAUUGCUUCCUAUUUUCAAAGCAUUUCCUAGUGACACAGAGAGUGGAGAAGAAAGGAGAAGAGGGAUACCGUCUGUUGAAAGAGAACGGGUUGCUCUCACUCGCUAAAUGUAGGAUACAUGAACAUGCACUCCCUGAGUAUCCAGAGUUACGUUUUCUCAGUUUUGGUCUUGAGAUUGAUGAUGGUUCACAGAGUCAGUCCAAGCAGAAGUUGAUAUUUAUUGCAAUGUCAGUGGCAGAGAAGGCACAGUGGAUAGCUGAUAUUGCUCAGUGUAUUGAAAAUGAGAAACAGAAUAAAAUACUUCAAAGCCAAAGUCAAGGGGAACCUGUUGAGCUCAAUUCAAAGUUUAUGCGAUACAGCACAUUUAGAAGCGGGAAAGAACAACUGGUCAGUUGUGGUAAUUUGGAUAGUUUGCUUCUCCGAUUGACUAAAGUCAGCUAUUUUGGUUUGGAUUUCCUCAAUACAUUUCUCACUACAUUCCCUCUAUUCACAACUCCACAGAAUGUAUUAGACUAUCUUAUUAAAAGUUAUCAUCAUUGUAUGGAGGAGAAAGCAAAAAAGUCUAUGAGUCUCUCCUUACCUCCUGAAGACUGCACUAGACACAGUAAGCAUCUUGUUACUCCUGUCCAUGUAUCAGCAUCAAACAGAACGACACUCCCAGGGAAUAAUCCCAGACUAUCACCAUUACCAACCUGUUCAUACAGUGGCAAUGCUAGUAAUAAAGGAAAGGUCAAUGGUGGCUCAUCCAGUGACAGUGGAAGUGUAUCUGGAAUAUUCUUUGCAUUAAAGCACUGGAUAUGCAAACACUUUUAUCAUUUCAGAGACUGUAAAUCACUUGAUGUUAAAUUACAAGAACUCCUGGAUACUGCCUGUCAUGAACCAACACUUACAUCAUCAGAAAAGAGAGUCAUCAUGGAAGUUUCACAGUUGUACAUGAUGCAGAAAAAUGACCACUCAGAGCCUGUGGCAGUACUGCAGUAUUUAUCACAAGAAAGAGAACAACUAUCUUCUUAUGAGAUUGUUUUGACAUGGCAACCAAGACAAGUAGCAGAGCAGUUGUGUCACAUUGACAGCAUCCUCUUCUGCCAAAUAGAAAAUGAUGAAUUGUUGAGACAUUUGACUUACAAGGGACAGGACAAGAAAGAAGUGUCUCCUAAUUUAGUGAGAAUAAUACAAUAUUUUAACAAAGUAAGAAAAUAAAAAAUGAAGAUUU